UCUAUCCAUCUUCCCCUCCAAACAAAAAAAAAAAGAGAAAAUAUUGGUUAAAAAGAUGUACUAAGCUACAUUUCUCCUAGUUGUCCCCUUGAUCUUCAUAGGUUUGACAUGGAGAAAAGUAGCAGUUUCAGCAGUAACUACUUCAAAAACCAAACCAUCAAAGAGUUGAAUAACAACAACAACAACAAGUUUAAAGAUUCAUGGGAUAAUUCAUGUGAAGGUACUGUUGAUGGAGAUUUAAUAGGAGGAUUUUUAUGGCCACCAAGAUCUUACACAUGUAGCUUUUGCAAAAGGGAAUUCAGAUCUGCUCAAGCUCUAGGUGGUCACAUGAAUGUUCAUAGAAGAGAUAGAGCUAGACUUAGACUACAGUCAUCGCCCCCAAAAGAUAAUGGUACUACUAGUCACUAUUCUCUUCUAAACCUUAAUGUUGAACCUAACCCUAACCCUAACCCUAACCUUAACCCUAGUUUUGUUUCAUCCCCACCAUCUUCUCCUUCAAGAAAAUUUCCUCCUUCUGUUUCUACAUUACCUCCAUUAUUAUCUCCUUCCUUUUCUUCUUCUACAUCUGGUGGCUCUGAAAUGAGAAAAUGGGGAAAAGAUGGUGUCCCAUUAAAUCACUUGAGUCAGCUAAGAAAUGGAGAUUUGACAAAAAGGGGAAGUGCCAAAUUUGAGAAAAUCGGUUCUUUCUUGCAAGGAAAAGAAUGUUGUGAAGUGGUGAAGAGGUCUGAGUUUUUGAGAUUGGACUUGGGAAUUGGAUUGCUUAGUGAAUCGAAAGAGGAUUUGGAUUUGGAACUUCGAUUGGGAUACACUUAGACCAAAUUCCCACUGCUUUAAGGUUUGUAUUGCUUGAGUUGUUAGUUUUUUCACUGGUUCAAGAAAAAGAACUACGGUCAUGCUCGUCUUAGACUUGGUCGUGCAGGCUCAUCGCACCUACUCCGAUGAGGAAUGCAAACCAUUAGUUGCUUUAUUUUUUAAAUAAAAAAAGAGAAGGAAAAGAAAUUUUAACCAAACGUGCACCAUUUUUAUUGGUUGAUUUUCUCUUGAAUUCAGUUCUUUAACUAUGGUUAGGAGAAUGAAGAUGCAAAAGCUGUGAUGCCAUGAAGACCAGCCAGAUAAUAUUGCUU